CUUAAUCCUUUGUUCUUCCUUUAGGUUCACCAUGUCUGACAGAAAGGCUGUGAUCAAGAAUGCGGACAUGUCCGAGGACAUGCAGCAGGAUGCUGUAGACUGUGCUACACAGGCAAUGGAGAAGUACAACAUAGAGAAAGACAUUGCAGCAUAUAUAAAGAAGGAAUUUGACAAGAAAUACAACCCCACUUGGCACUGCAUUGUGGGCAGAAAUUUUGGCAGCUACGUAACACAUGAGACAAAGCACUUCAUCUAUUUUUACUUGGGUCAGGUUGCAAUUCUUCUGUUCAAGUCUGGAUAGGAAGUAGGCGCAAGUGAAACUUGGACUGUAAUGCACUGAUGGCUAAAGCCAAGAUUCCCUCUAACAUGGCUGUGCCGCUGCAUGGACUGUGUACUCUAUUUAAUGUGUAUAUGUUGCAGUAAAAUCUACUUCUGUUUAGUUGCCUGGGAAGAAGGCGGCAUCUUUUUUUUGUUUUGUUUUUGUUACGGCUUUAUUUUUGGGUUGUAUUGCACUAGGAAAACUGUAAAUGCUUAAACAAUGGCCUUUAAGUGGGAAGAAAUAAAACUGUUCCACAAACAGCUCCCCCAGUGGUAACCUUUUCUUUGGUAAGGCUGGGAAAUCACGUUUUGUUUAGCAGACCAAAAAGAGAUCUGUUUGAGUUCAUAGUAAAUACUCGUGUUAGACUGUUUAAACUUCUCUGUGUGUAUAUGGAGGAAUAUCAACUUCCUUUUCAGUUUUAGUCUGGGGGGGUGGAUAUGGGAGCUGUCGAUUUUGACUUUGGGUCAUCUCAGCAGUUGGGGGGGGGGGGUCUGCCCAUGUAAGUUAGUAGGGAGGCUUUUUAAUAAAGUUUUUAUUCCAAGAGCUUAUUCCAAAGCUUACCCUAUCUUGGAACUGCAUGGCAAAUCCUACGACUGGGCUUUGUUUUCUGUAGAAAUGCCUGCAUCCACUGCCCUCUGUGCAGCCUACCUGGCUUAACUAAACUGACAGCAACUUAAUCUCAUCUGAAACUCUUAAGUGUUUCCCCCUCCCCCCCUGCUUAAUUUGUCUCUGUAGGAGGCAGAAUCUCCUGGCCUCAGUUGCUUGGUGGUGAGAUGAUCCAGAACUUAGUUGCUAUCACUGAGACAUGCUCUCUUCGGCCAAAUGGUCUGUUCCAAAAUGGACUAGACAAUUUAAAUUUAGUGACUGACACCAGAAUCUGAGACUUGAUUUGGCAUGCCCAUAUCUGGAAUACACUGCUGUAACACAAGUUUCCUUGAAAUCGCCAUGUGCUCCGGAAGGCUUGUAGACAUGUUUUGCAUGGUUGUUGAUGGAGACAAUCCUCCAGGAACAGCUUCUGUGUCUCAAAUCUCUGCCCUCAUUUUUUUCUUAGCAGAAGCUGUUCUGAGAGGAGAAACUUGUGAAUGUAUUCUCCCAAGGCAGAAUAGUCUCUCCAGGAGGGUCAACAGUGUUGUCUUAGUGUAGUAAUUUCUAGUUCAAAUGGUAAGAAGGUACCAGGGUGGUGCACCCUCCUCUCCUUCCCCCCCCCCCCCCCAAAAAAAAACCACUUAUGGCAGCUUCUGCAAAACCUGGUGCUUGCAGUAAGAGCUUCCUGAUCAGUAGCUGAUAUGGGCAAAAUUUCUAAAAUGGAGUGAAUUCUUUAGGACAAGGUGACUCUGAACUCUUGGCUGAAUCAAAUUGAUUGUUGAAAGUAACAUGUCACUGCUUUAUGUUCUCUGUAUUGGGGAAGGGGGAAGACAGUGUAACUAAUUGUGAAAUGACUUAAUGACCCAGGUUGGCGACUUUCUGACGUAAAAGUCCUUGUGUCUGUAGACUGUGCAAAAUCCAAAGUAUGCCUAACUUUGUCAUAUUGAUAGAACCAUGUUGUAACUAGACAGGAUGUGGUAUAAUUUAUUUCAUGUUGACAGAAAACUUCCCAUCUGGGGACGAGGUGCAUUGGGCUAACCGGGGUACUCUGGCAAUCUUGUCUAUACAGAACUCCACUUUUGAUCUAAACUGGAGAAUGUGUAUUUGUUUUCCAAGCAUGAGUCCAAUGUGAACCUGUUCACUCUUCUGUGGAGCGAGAGAUGUUCCCUUCAUAACUGCAAUUGCUCAAAUACCUUUUUAUUUUUCAAACAUUAAAGGUGAAUUGACACGUUUAAAAA